CGAUAUCAACUUUAGGUUUUAUACACUGCUGUGUUCUUUUGUAAACCAACCGCUCAUUGGUCGCUGAUUUCAGCUGUGCUUAGAUACGCACGAUGUCAAUAAAAUGGCUGCGGAGUAGACAAGCAAAUUCGGGAAAUUAAAUUUUAUUGACAUAACACAAGUUCCAGAAACUUAAAUCACCUAGGAUUUUUUCAGCUCGUAAAUAGACGCAUCGUCACUAUGUCAACUGAUGAUGUAUAUGCUGAUCAGGCUAAGAAGCUUGUUGAUGAGGUGAUUGAGACUGCGAUUACACGCCUUGAGACAAACCUUUCUCUCACCGAGCGAGAGAAAACAUUUGAGUCGCUGAAGGCAGAGGAAUUUUCCAGACAAUCCACAUUUGUCAGAGACGAUAACUUCGAAGUUAGAAACAUUAAAUGGCUGACUAUUUCGGAGUUCUCUGUUGAAAAGGCAGAAGAAAAGAUUCAUGAGUACAUAAAGACUUGGGAGUAUGAGGACAGCUGGCUAUACUGUAUCGAUUUCCUGGGAGAGGACCCCCAUGAGUUUGACACAAGGUUCCGAUACCGAGUCCGAUGGAGCAUUCCGACGCGGAGGAAACCCAUUCCACGUGCCACCGCCAGUGUCUACUUUUCCUUUGUUGUGUCUUCAAUUAAGCCAGGGACUUUUCCUGUAGAUGUUUUCUAUGUGUUUGAAACUCACAGAUUAGUUCACAAGCCAGGAGAGUCAAGAUUUCGUGAAAAGUGGUUAAAAGACAUUAUUGAAAAUAAAGUAAUGAUGAUGCAAGCUAUAGAAUUUUAACAUGGGAUAAUCAGAUCAUUGGAUGGUCAACAGUUAUUGUUUUGUACGUUUACACGUUACAUAUUUCAUUUUUAAAUUUUGAGAAAGUAAGAUGUUGUUUUUAUCACAUGUACAACCAGAAGCAAGACUCAUGCUUUUGAAGUCAGCGUUUUAAGAAAUGAAAUGCCGUUCUCUAGUUCUCUUCACUUUUGUACAUCAUUUUUGAAGAAAACAAAACUCAUUGCAUUAAUAUAUGAUAGUAAUUUUUUUUGUAAUUAUGGUGAAGAUGUAUCAUAUUGAUAUCAAUUUUAAUGUAAAAUACAACAUCCUCACAAAUGAAGAUUUUCUCGUCUACACUACGAAACAAAGCAGACGGCUCUGUAAUGAAACUGUGAGGAGAAGAGUGACAAUGCUAUAGUGUAGGAGAAAAAAACUGAAAACAGAACACGGAUCAAAUUAUUAAGAUAUGAUAUGAUUGUGAAUUUGGAUGUGAAAUUCGGAAGCAGAAUUUAUUACUGUUGGGAAACUGCUUGAGAUUCAUAACUUGUUUAUGAUGUGGACCUGGUUUUGCCAUCAUGGAUUGAUGAAGUGAAAUGGUAUACAAAAAUGUAUAACCCUGAUAAACACUGAAACUGUUUUAUGUAAUAAAGUUUUGAAAAUCAG